GGCUCAGGCGCUCCCAGCUAUGGGCCGGGGGUCCUCGAGACCUCGGGGAUCGCUGGAGCUGCUGCUGCUGCUGCUGCCCCUAUGGCGGGUGCCCGGCGCCCAGGUGCUUCUAGGAAAAGCCCAUGGAGAGCCAGUCACGCCCCACUGGGUCUUGGAUGACCGACCCUGGCAUGCCACCAUCACCCUGGAAGAGCGGUCAAUCUUGAAGCCAGAUGUGGGGCUGGUGGUGUUGGAGGCUGAAGGCUGGAGCUCCUGCUUUGAGCUGGAAAGAACCAGUGAGCUGCUAGCUCCAGGAUACACAGAAACGCACUACAGCACAGAUGGACAGCCUGUGGUGCUAGUCCCCAACCACACAGAUCAUUGCCACUAUCAUGGGCGUGUGAGGAGCUUCCCUGACUCCUGGGUAGUCCUCAGCACCUGCUCAGGGAUGAGUGGCCUGAUCACACUCAGCAGCAAUGCCAGCUAUUAUUUGCAUCCCUGGGCACCUGGGGACUCCAAGGACUUCUCAACACACAAGAUCUUCCGGAUGGAGCAACUGUUCACUUGGAGACAGGCCUUUGGCUACAGGGACCCCAGGGACAAAGGGGGCGUGGCCAUCCUUCCUCCUGCCUCCCAGAGCAGGGAAAGGCGAGAGGCCCGCAGGAGCCCUAGGUACCUGGAGCUGUACUUGGUGGCUGACCACACCCUGUUCUUGCUCCAGCACCAGAACUUGAACCACACCAAACAGCGUCUCCUGGAAGUCACCAAUUACGUGGACCAGAUUCUCAGGACACUGGACAUUCAGGUGGUGUUGACCGGGCUGGAAGUGUGGACCGAGCAGGACUUCAGCCGCGUCACACCGGACGCCAACGCCACGCUCUGGGCCUUUCUGCAGUGGCGUCGGGGACUGUGUGUGCAGCGGCCACACGACUCGGCACAGCUGCUCACGGGCCGCACCUUCCAGGGCGCCACGGUGGGCCUGGCGGUCGAGGGCAUGUGCAGCGCGGAGAGCUCCGGAGGCGUGAGCAUGGACCACUCGGAGCUCCCCAUCGGCGCGGCGGCCACCAUGGCCCACGAGAUAGGCCACAGCCUAGGCCUCAGUCACGACCCUGAGGGUUGCUGCGUGGAGGCGGUGGCGGAGCAGGGCGGCUGCGUCAUGGAAGCGGCCACUGGGCACCCGUUCCCGCGCGUGUUCAGCGCCUGCAGCCGCCGCCAGCUGCGCGCCUUCUUCCGCAAGGGGGGCGGCGCGUGCCUCUCAAACACCCCCCACCCGGGGCUCCCGGUGCAGCUGGCGCGCUGCGGGAACGGCUUCGUGGAGGCGGGCGAAGACUGCGACUGCGGCUCCGGCCAGAAGUGCCAGGACCCCUGCUGCUUCGCCCAUAACUGCUCGCUGCGUGCGGGGGCCCAGUGCGCCCACGGGGACUGCUGUGCGCGCUGCCAGCUGAAGCCGGCGGGCACACUGUGCCGCCGGCCUGUGGACGACUGUGACCUUCCCGAGUUCUGCACGGGAGCCUCCCCUCAUUGUCCCCGGGACAUUUACUUACUGGACGGCUCGCCCUGCGCCAGCGGCCGCGGUUACUGCCGGGACGGCGCGUGCCCCACGCUGGAGCAGCAAUGCCAGCAGCUCUGGGGGCCAGGCGCCCGCCCAGCGCCGGAGGCCUGUUUCCAGGUGAACUCCGCCGGGGACGCGCAUGGGAACUGCGGCCAGUACAGUACCGGUGGCUUCCUGCCUUGUGCACAGAGGGAUGCUCAGUGUGGAAAGCUACAAUGCCAGGAUGGGGAGCAGAGCCCACUCGUGCCCCACGUCGUACCCGUGACCUCCACCAUUCGCUUAGAGGGUCGGGAGGUGACUUGCCGUGGAGCCCUUGCACUCCCAGCUGCGCAGCUGAACCUGCUUGACUUGGGCCUGGUAGAGCCGGGUACCCAGUGUGGACCUAGAAUGGUGUGCCAGGACAGGCGCUGCCAGAAUGUUACCUCUCAGGAGCUGGAACACUGCCUAACUGCCUGCCACAACCAUGGGGUUUGCAACAGCAACCAUAACUGCCACUGUGAUCCAGGCUGGGCUCCACCCUUCUGUGACAAGCCAGGAUUUGGGGGUAGUGUGGACAGUGGCCCUGUGCAGCCUCAAAAACGUGAUGCCUUCCUGCUGGCCCUGCUCCUCAGCUUCCUGCUGCCUCUGCUCCCUGGGGUUGGCCUGGCCUGGUGCUGCUACAGGUUUCCAGGACUCCAUCUCCAGCGAUGUCCCUGGGGCUGCAGGAGGAAUCUCACACACAGAGGGCCCAGCGGUGGCCCACACAGUGACUACCCCCCAGGCAGUGUUCACCCCAUGGAGUUGGGCCCCACAGCCACUGAAGAGCCCUGGCCCUUAGGCCCUGAAAACACUCCAGAGCACAACAGCCACCCUGAAAAACCUGUGCCUGUAGCCCUGCCUGAUCCCCAAGCAGGUCAAGUCCAGAAGCCAAGAUCCUGUCUCUGGGGAAAGGUGGCUCCUGAGAUGAGGAGACUCAAAGACAGGUUAACACUUCUGCGAGGUUAACAUCUCUCUAAGGAAGAAUUAUUCAUGAAUUCUAAAAAAGGUCACCUACACCUGUUUCCUGUCAACUGAAUUCUUCUAUAUUUACAUUAAAAGCC